AUGCUGGCAGCCAGAGCGUCGGCAGCGCGCGCUGCGUCGCGCAUCGCCCGUACUCGCACUUUUGCCACCGUCGUCGACAGCGCAGGCGUGAAGGUCGCGGCCGCGGACAACGGCGAGGCCACCUCCGCUGUCACCUUCAUCGUCAAGGCUGGCAGUCGCUUCGAGUCCAAACCCGGUGUCGCCCACGCUCUCAAAAACUACGCGUUCAAGAGCACGGACAAGCGUUCCAGCCUGGGCACGGUUCGGGAAGCCGAGCUCUACGGCGGUGUCCUCUCCUCAAGUCUCUCGAGGGAGCACCUUGCGAUCACUGCGGAGUUCCUGCGUGGGGAUGAGGCCUUCUUCGUUGACGUCCUCUCUUCCUACCUGACCUCGACGAAGUUCACCCGUUACGAGCUCACCGAGCUCGUUGCGCCGACCUGUGAGGCUGAGACGUCCGCCGCGCUCUCAAACCCCGCCACGCACGCCGUCGAGCUCGCGCACGCGCUCGCAUUCCGCAACGGCCUCGGCAACUCCAUCUUCGCGACUCCCGGCCACCACCUCACCGCGGACGACGUGCGCGCGUACGCGCAGUCCGUCUUCGGCUCGGGCAACGUCGCUGUCCUCGGCACUGGCAUCGACCCCGCCGCGCUCGAGAAGCUCCUCGAGAAGUCCCUUGGCAAGUUCGCCGCUGCGGCCUCACCAGCGUCGACUGCCUCGAAGUACUUCGGCGGCGAGACCCGCGUGGAUGCACACGGUGCGGCCGAGACUGUCUUUAUUGGCUUCGGUACGUCGGGCGCGCCCUCGGCCGAGCUCGCGGUCCUCGCAGCCCACCUUGACCCUACGCCCUCCGUGAAAUGGUCGAAGAGCACCUCGCCCAUCGCUGCGGGCAUCCCCGAGGGCUCCUCCGUGCAGGCUGUCUACCUUCCCUACUCCGACGCGUCGCUUUUCGGUCUGCUCGUCCAGGCCCCGACGACCGCCGCAGUCAAGGAGGCGGGCAAGGUGGCCGUCGCUGCUCUCCAGGCUGCGGGUAGCCUCAAGGGCGAGGAGCUCCAGAAGGCGAUCGCGAAGGCGAAGUUCAUCGCUGCCAGCGCUGUCGACGGCCGUGAUGGUCUCAUCUCGUCUCUUGGCCCGAAGGUCAGUAUUCUCUCCGGCACCUCUGCCUCCCUCAGCGAGGCUGUCUCUUCUCUGGAGAAGGUUGACGCCUCCGCAUUCUCGAAGGCGUCCGCAUCGCUCCUCAAGACGAAGCCGACCUUCGUCGCCGUCGGCGACGUCAAGUCUCUUCCUUACGCUGACGAGCUCGGGCUUUGA